AUGUACCACAGGGUCUUGCUGUGGCUGUGGCUUUGUGCCCUGGCUUGGGCCACCACUGAAGACGACCUCGUCUCAGCUGUGCAGAGUGGCAAUGUGAGCGAGGUGCAGGUGCUGGUCGGGCAGUUCGACAUCAGUAGCAUUAGCCGGCGUGUGUCCUACUACGGACAAGAUCACCGCUCGUGGACACUGCUGCAUGAUGCAGCCCGCUAUGGCCAUAGCCAAGUAUUGCAACUUCUGCUGGAGACGUGGCCAGAUGGCAUCGAUAGCACCAGCGACGUUAAAGCCCAAUGCCCCCAACAUAGCGACAGCCGGGCGCCGUGCAGGGGUGGCAGCACCAGCUGGACGCCGCUGCAUGUGGCCGCCAUGAGCGGGCAGGUUGAAGCAUUCUCGAUGCUGGUGGAGGCAUUGUCCCAGAAAGGUCGCACUGCCAGUCUUGAGGACCUGAUGGUCUUCCAAUCCGUCGAUUGCAACCUGCUGGUGGGGUUUGGAUGCGACCCACAGGGCAUCGAAGUACUCGACGAAGCGGCGAGGGACCUUGAUUGCCGGAAUCCUUACGAGUUGACCAACCGCUCGCUGGAGAUGUGGCUCUAUAGCUGCAAGGGUGAUAUUCGCUGGCACGACGAUGCCGGCACUCCACUCUUGGACCUCCUUGAGAACGAAGAUGCACGGAAGUUCUGGCGAGAGCAUGCGACUCUGCAAGCUAGCAUGCUGAACACCAUGAGAGACUGGCAGGCCUGGGUGAUUCCUGGACUUGCAGCUCUGAUGGCAUACUUGUCGGUACUCGUGGAGAGAAAGUUCCUCCAUUGGUGUUGCGAAAAAAGUAGAACCCAGCAAGCCCAAACAGAUAACGACCAAGACCCCUUCCUUUCUGGUGCCAAGCUCUUGGUGAGCCGGGCUUUCAGUAGGUUCACGCUGUCAGUGAAGAUGUGGCGCUGGCUGGAAGUCUCCGUUGGGAUUUUUUGGCUGGGGCUCGUGCUGUUGAUCGCGCACUGGGCAUGGUGGUUACCGCUAGUUGCGGUUCUGUACGUGGCCCCUGCCAUCAAACUGCAUGGGGCUCGGGAGUUAUUUCAAUCUCCGACUCUGGCAUUGGUGUCUAGAAGCUUCGGAGGCAAGGUUGCAGCCCUCAUCCGCACCACGGCUCUCUUCGGCAUUUUCUGCUUCCUCUAUGGUGGUCUGUAUUGGAAGAUGGUGAUCCCUGAGUCAGUCAUAUCUGCGUUCUCGUGGAUGCUUGACCCCUCGGUGGUCGCGUGGGAGGACAGGAAAGUACGCUUACUGAGAAACAGCAAGCUGAACGAGCACUGGCUGUUCCCCUGGGCACCUCCAAUCACUGCGCUUGAAAUCUUCCGAACUGUGAGAGACGUUUGCAUUGGCCUGGUAGUAGUGUACUGGGUCAUUCUGCUUUGCAUGGUGCUGUUCAAGUGUUUCCGGCGCUGUCUAUGUCGAAGCAUUACUUCUCCGACACCCUCCCGUCAUGAGCUUGAGGAUGCUGUGCGACAAGUUCUGCAGAAACCACCAGACGAGUUUGGCGAAGUUCACAAGGGCAUCAAACCGACGACGUCCUGCUCGUUGUAUAAAAGCGUUGCAAUGCAAUUGCUGGAUAUCGCCUUCGAUUUCAACACUGUGUUGAGUUUCCUAUUGGAUCGGAAUUACCUCUUCGCCGCCGUUAUGACCUUCUUUGUGGUGCGUAGCAUCACCAAGCAGUUCUACGUCCUCCCUUUUUGUCACUUCCGGGAGGCGCUCAGGGAGAGCGUGCGUCGAGGCAUACCACGACAGGACGUUUUGGACUUUUUGGAAGAGGAGAAGCGGUCGGAAGCUCUGUUUUGCGCCUGCAUUACUGCCUAUGCGUUGUUCUUCUCGGUGAAUACCGCGGGGCAGAUGCUGACGCAGUAUUGCAGUCUGGUGUCGAGCACAUGGCAGCUCAGAGGCCAUGCAGCUGAACUGUGCAACAUGGACUUCCCUGUGGAUGAGGCCGCAGGCGUGGCGAGUGCGAGUGCAGCUCCCCUCCAUGAAAUGAACAGCGACCUGAAAAAUGUAGAAGGAAAGGAUGCCAGCUGUCAGUCAGCGAACGAGGAGAACCCCGUGAGUGCAGCGAACAAGUCAGAGCGUGACGGUGCCACGGCUGUGUCGAAGCACUGGGUGACCAUUUCGCACGAGUUCAUCCCGCAAAAAACGGGCGUUGAGGAAACCAUAGAUACAAGUCUCCGCUUCGACCAUGUCUUGACAGCAAUGGCGAUUUAUGUCGAGGAUGGAAGCUCAUACAAUGGAUUGAGCGAUGCGUUCCGCAGACGGCUUCAAAAGCAAGAGGCAACAGAGAUACUUCGGCGAACAGAUGGCACUACGCAGAGAAUUUGGGCCAAGGAGGGGCGCCCCUCCUACCAGGCAAAACCGGAUCCCGGGAAGAGGCUUCUUGACGAAGCUGCGGUUGAAGUAGCCAAGCAGAAAGAGUUUCUGCCUGCUUUCUCCGUCAGGAUCUUAGCGGCGCUCUCAGGGUCAACAUCUGACUUGACCAUUGACGAGUCCACGGAGUUCGCAAAGCAGGUCACCUUCGAAGGAUUCCGGGGCCGGGACACGGUGGGGAGCCUGAAGGAUCGCCUCUUGAAGGAUGGCCUGGCCUCUCGGUCGCCGCGCAUCUUCCUCCCGCCGCAUGAACUUCGGGACGCGACAAAACUUGGGGAGUGCUUUGCGCAGUGGUCAGGCUUCGGCUUGGACGCGGCCUCCGCUAGAGCAUCUCCAGCUGCUUGA